AUGGAUUCUACCACGCCAGUCUUCGACGGAACCGCGACCAAUGAGCAGGUCAUCGAGGCAUUUGCAUCCCAAAUCAAGGGCCGUACCUACGUGAUUACGGGCGCGGGUAAGCCAAGCAUUGGAAGCCAAAUGGCGACCUCUCUAGCAAAGGCGGCACCGGCCCAUAUUCUCAUUGCAUCACGGACAGCGGCAAAGGUUGAGCCUGUGCUCGUGGACAUCAAAGAGAUUGACAGCUCCGUUAAGACAACCUUUGUCCAGGUCGACCUGACCGAUCACGACUCUGUCCGGAGAGCUGCACAAGAGAUAUUGGCCGCAGCUCCCAAGAUCGAUGUCUUGAUCAAUAGUGCCGGAAUUAUGGCCAUAAAAGACUAUACAGUGGAUAAACAGGGGAUCGAGCUCCAGCUGUCUGCCAACCACGCCGGCCAUUUCCUUCUGACAAACCUACUGGCUCCAGCUCUGUUGUCCGCCGGAUCCCAACCUGGAGGGGCUCGCGUCGUCAACCUAACAAGCUCAGGCUACCUCAUUAGCCGUUUUCGCUUCGACGACUGGAACUACUCUGACGGCAAGGAGUAUGACCAUUGGACCGGAUACGGUCAGGCUAAGACGGCCAAUAUUCUCUUCGCUUAUGGCUUGACCAAGAGGUUGAAGGAGCGUGGCGUUGUGGCUGUGGCCGCACAUCCUGGCUAUAACGGCGAUACGAAGCUGGGAAGCCAUUUAACUGCGGAUGAUUACGCUGGUAUCUUUCCAGUGGUCCGAAGGAAUAUGGGCAAAGACUUUGAGUUCGAGGAGCCCCGCUUCAAGACGUAUACUCAAAUCGCUGCCACGCCACUUAUCGCUGCUCUGGACCCGGAUAUUCCUAACAAGGCACCGGCCUACCUACGGAACAGCCAGAUCAUAGAGCCAGAGGAACAUGCGUCGGAUGCGGACAGUGUUGAGAGAUUGUGGAAGCUCAGCGAGAAGCUGGUCAGACAGGAGUUUAUGUAUUGA